UUUCCCAUUCUAGUUCUUAAUCUAAGUUCUAUGUUAAUGUUGAACUCUUCCUGAUAUAAGAAUUAUUGAAUGAUUAUUUGAUUAGACCGAUUUUUAUAGAGUUGCACAAUGAAGAGGACCAAGACAUUAAAAUCCUUCUUUUUUCUCUCUCCUGCUCCGAUGUCAAUCAUACGACCAGUUCUCUGCUAUUUAUAAGCUAGUUUUGUUACCUUUCGGUAUUAAACUCAGUUUAGACUCUUUGUGAGCGAUUCUCAAAAAAAAAAAAAAAACUCUGUGUGAGCGGUACCUUAACCUAGUGCAGGUGCUAUACUAUAUAUGCCGUGAUAGUGGCCAUAGGCAUAAAAAUCGACGAGCUCCGCCACUUUUCAAUCCCCUGCAAAGAAUGUUCGUUGGGAACCCUUGCAAGCUUCAGGGAACAAUGGGAGAUCAGCGGACACCACCGAAAGGAAGAGUGAUGGAAGCCCAAGGUAGUACUGGCUUUGCACCAGUUGUGGAACCCAAGCUAUGGUAUGGUGACCGCACAAGACUUACGCCGAAGCAAGAAGAAGCUGCACUUGGUUUGUCAAGUACCUGUGGCUCUGGCAUUCCAGCAUACAUUUGCACCAUGAAGAAGUCUAAUAUUGUCAAGAGACAGAUGGCAUUCUCAAGACAGUUCAGUAAGCGAUACAUAUUCGCUCGUCUGGGUACCUAUGGGUGUGAGACCAAAGUUUUUGCAGGCAGAGACCUGUUCGGCAGUAAGCUCAACUUCUCAAUGGUCCAUGGAGAACUAAGGCUUCUUGGUGGAUGGCCCCUCUUCGUCAAGAACCACCGUAUCGAAGCGGGACACGUGUGUGCUUUCAUGUUCGAAGAAGAGGAAGAGGGCGACCUGUCACUUAGGGUGCACGUGCUAGGUACUGUACCACUGCCAAUAAUCUAGCUUUUGCUGGUUUCGGUGGUGAGGCACGGGAUGAAGGUGGCUAUCGAAUUAUUGCAUCAGACAAUGGUAUUGGAAACAGCAACAUGGAGUAGCUAUCUACUCUGGAAGGUGACAAGGGUAACUAGCUAGUACCGUUCUAGAUUAUGAUUGUUUUGUUCUUCUAGUCUAGAUAACCAUGUAUGGGCAUAUAGUUUGCGACCGAGGGAGCAAGUGUUAAUGUGUUAAGGCUCACGAAAUUUGUGUUUUUUAGACCGACUGCUUCAGUUGUGCAAAUAGAAACUGAAAUUAGUGAUAGUGUUAGCAUGUAUGAGUUUUGUCAAAAAAAAAAGAAAAAAAUCAGCAUGUGCGGAGUACUUGAUAAUGUGAUUUGCGGCAGUGCUGGGAUUAGCCUCAAAAUGUUGUCCAAGGGUGGAUUUAUAUUGUUUC